CGCCUGCGGGGCUUCUGCUUCCUGCAUCAGUCACUCCCGCUGGGGGCGGGGCGGAGCGGAGGAAGGGGUUGGAUGUGGCAGAGCCGGGCCCAGCUGGAGCGGCUCGGAGAACCCCCGCCAUCUCCGCGGCUGGAGCCAUGGCAUCCAACCCAUCUGGCCCCGGCAAUCCCAAGGCCAAAUAUCCCUUUAAGAAGCGGGUCAGCUUGCAGGCCUCCUCUGCAGUACCAGGAGCUGUUCAGCCGCUCCCUGGCUGAGAGUGAGCUCCGCAGCGCCCCAUACGAGUUUCCGGAGGAGAGCCCCAUUGAGCAGCUGGAGGAGCGGAGGCAGCGCCUGGAGAGGCAGAUCAGCCAGGAUGUCAAGCUGGAGCCAGACAUCCUGCUUCGGGCCAAGCAAGAUUUCCUGAAGACAGACAGUGCUUCAGACCUCCAGCUCUACAAGGAACAGGGUGAGGGGCAAGGCGACCGGGGCCUGCGAGAGCGAGAUGUGGUGCUAGAGCGGGAAUUUCAGCGGGUCACCAUCUCUGGCGAGGAGAAGUGUGGGGUGCCAUUCACAGACCUGCUGGACGCGGCCAAGAGCGUGGUGCGGGCACUCUUCAUCCGGGAGAAGUACAUGGCCCUCUCGCUGCAGAGUUUCUGCCCCACCACCCGCCGGUACCUGCAGCAGCUGGCUGAGAAGCCUCUGGAGACACGGACCUACGAGCAGGGCCCCGACACCCCUGUGUCUGCUGAUGCCCCGGUGCACCCCCCCGCGCUGGAGCAGCAUCCCUAUGAGUACUGUGAGCCAAGCACCAUGCCUGGGGACCUGGGCUUGGGUCUGCGCAUGGUGCAGGGCGUGGUGCAUGUCUACACCCGCAGGGAACCCGAUGAGCACUGCCUAGAGGUGGAGCUGCCGUACCCUGACCUGCAGGAAUUUGUGGCAGACGUCAAUGUGCUCAUGGCUCUGAUCAUCAACGGCCCCAUAAAGUCCUUCUGCUAUCGCCGGCUCCAAUACCUGAGCUCCAAGUUCCAGAUGCAUGUGCUGCUCAACGAGAUGAAGGAGCUGGCCGCCCAGAAGAAGGUGCCACACCGGGAUUUCUACAACAUCCGCAAGGUGGACACACACAUCCAUGCCUCGUCCUGCAUGAACCAGAAGCACCUGCUGCGUUUUAUCAAGCGUGCGAUGAAGCGACACCUGGAGGAGAUCGUGCAUGUGGAGCAGGGCCGCGAGCAGACGCUGCGGGAGGUCUUUGAGAGCAUGAAUCUCACUGCGUAUGACCUGAGUGUGGACACGCUGGACAUGCACGCGGACAGGAACACCUUCCAUCGAUUUGACAAGUUCAAUGCCAAAUACAACCCCAUCGGGGAGUCUGUCCUCCGAGAGAUCUUCAUCAAGACCGACAACAGGGUUUCUGGAAAGUACUUUGCCCACAUUAUCAAGGAGGUGAUGUCAGAUCUGGAGGAGAGCAAAUACCAGAACGCAGAGCUGCGGCUCUCCAUCUAUGGGCGCUCGAGGGAUGAGUGGGACAAGCUGGCGUGCUGGGCUGUGAAGCACCGAGUCCACUCUCCCAACGUGCGCUGGCUCGUGCAAGUGCCCCGCCUCUUCGAUGUGUACCGUACCAAGGGCCAGCUGGCCAACUUCCAGGAGAUGCUGGAGAACAUCUUCCUGCCGCUCUUUGAGGCCACCGUGCACCCUGCCAGCCACCCAGAGCUGCACCUGUUCUUGGAGCACGUGGAUGGCUUUGACAGCGUGGAUGAUGAGUCUAAGCCCGAGAAUCACGUCUUCAACCUGGAGAGCCCUCUCCCCGAAGCAUGGGUGGAGGAGGACAACCCACCCUACGCCUACUACCUGUACUAUACCUUUGCCAACAUGGCCACACUGAACCACCUGCGCAGGCAGAGGGGCUUUCACACGUUUGUGCUGAGGCCACACUGUGGGGAAGCCGGGCCCAUCCACCACCUGGUGUCGGCCUUCAUGCUGGCCGAGAACAUUUCUCAUGGGCUGCUUCUGCGCAAGGCCCCAGUGCUGCAGUACCUGUAUUACCUGGCCCAGAUUGGCAUCGCCAUGUCUCCACUCAGCAACAAUAGUCUUUUCCUCAGCUACCACCGGAACCCGCUACCCGAGUACCUGUCCCGCGGUCUCAUGGUCUCACUGUCCACCGAUGAUCCCCUGCAGUUCCACUUCACCAAGGAACCACUGAUGGAGGAGUAUAGCAUUGCCACCCAGGUGUGGAAGCUCAGCUCCUGCGACAUGUGUGAGCUGGCCCGUAACAGUGUGCUCAUGGGCGGGCUCUCCCCGCAGGUGAAGAGCCACUGGCUGGGACCCAACUAUACCAAGGAGGGGCCCGAGGGCAAUGAUAUCCGCCGCACCAACGUGCCGGACAUCCGAGUGGGCUACCGCUAUGAGACUCUGUGCCAGGAGUUGGCGCUCAUCACACAGGCAGUCCAGAGUGAGAUGCUGGAGACCAUCCCCGAGGAGAGCGGGGUCACGACAAGCCCGGGGCCUCAGUGAGCCCAGCCCGCUGUGUCCCCCGCCUCUCAGCACCUCAACCACGUUUUCUCUUCCCCUCCCUCCCCCCAUUGUGUCUGCAUGUGUCUGUUCUUUUUUGUUCUGUCCUGCAUGUCUUCAACCUAUGUGUGUCCCUGUGCCACCUCUGGGAAGGUGGGGCCCACAGUCUGCUUUGCCCUUGUUUUGACUCGGAUGGGACUUGAUGGCCCAGGUUUGCUGGCUGCCCUGCCCGUGGCCCUGUCCCGGGAACUUCUGAAACCUGGCUGUCCUGUGGGCGUCUCGGUGUCCACAGGGGCUUGGGAUGGUUGAGGGGGGCUGGCCCCUCCAGCCUUUGGGGUCCCACCUGGGCAGAUGUUGUCUCAUGUGUGUGGCUGAAGAGCCAGGCGGGUGGGGCCCAAGCAGAUCUGCCAGGGCAUCUGUGGCGCUCAGGCAGCUCUAACGAGCCCGGCUGGGCGGAGAGCUCAGUCACACCCCUGGCAGCCUGGACUCUGGCCUCAGAGGCGCUGGACCACCACCUCCCCCACGUCACUGCCUAGCAGUCUCCUCUGUCCUUUCGCUGGUCCACAUGCUCCUCUGGUGUCAGCUUCCUGUGCCUCUGUGGGAGGGGGCAGCUGCCCUGUGUUGUGUCUGGGGCCACUGCAGCUGGAGGGCCCUGCAUUUGUCACCAGCCCUGGGGGUGGGAGUCCCACCACGGUCCCCAGAGUUUUUGACCAGAUCUGAAUCCACCUGGCUCUCUGCAUUGUGUUUUGGACCUAGGCCUUUGCUGUGAAAUGCAGUGUUUCAUACAAUCCCAUCUUUCCUAGUGCAUGAGAAAUAAAAAUUAUUUAAGUUAUGAG